CACACCUGGUGCGUUAGGUGCUUCACUUUUUCAUCAGAUUCCUGCUAUUCAUCCAUUUAAAGAGCCAUUUCAUCAAGCUCUCUUCUACAGAGUUGAGGAAGCAAGCCACACUCAUACGGCGAGAGAAACAGAGAGAGAUGGGUUGCUACCCUGUCGGCAAGAUGGUGUGCAAGGUCCUCCGGAUGUGCAAAGGGUGGAAGAGGCAUGGAGUAGCCACAACAAUGGCGGACUCACCACCACCAACAUGCUCUUACGCUGGAACCGAGGCGAAGCAUUUGACGUUCUUCAGUGGUAGCCCUGUCGAAGCAGUGCCACCAGAACCCCCAUUCUCAAAGCACAACCCUGAGGCGGUGAUCUCCCCGUCACCUCAAGCAGAGAUGGUCCAGCCCAAGGAACAGAGCCGAGUCCGGCUCGCUCGUGAACCGGACCGACCCGAUGAGAGCCGCACACCACCGGAUCAUCUCGACGCUUCACCCUACCCGACCCACAAAAGUUCCGCCCGUGUCCGGUUUGGUCCUGGACCGAGCCCUCGACCGAACCAGCAUGAGCCGGUUCCCGCCAAUCCCGAGUCAGCUUACCGGUACGUAACGUCGCCGUUGCCGAGAUGGGAGGAGGGGGAGCGGCGGCGGGAGUACUUCGGCGGCGAGUACCAUUACUUUCCUACUCCUAUCCGUGAAGGCAUCUACCGCAUUGCCACCGACGAGAAUCGCCUCACCGCCAUAUUAAGCGAGGAGAACCCCAACGCUUGCAGCAUCGUUUGACUGCAAAGCAAAGUUGCGUAGCUUUGGCCACAAAUAUGCUCAUCCAAAGAUGCAAGGUGUUGAGUUCAAAUCUCGUUUUCUCUUCUUAUGGGCUGAGAGCA